AUGCCGCCGUCCGGCCUUUUCCGUGGCCUCAGUACGUUCCUGAGCGGCGGCCUAGCCCUGGCCCCCGGGCUCCAGACCACUCGCCCCAUGGCCACCGUGAACCAGAAGCAGCGCCUGGGGUCUCCGAAGCGGCCGCCCCGGAAUCUGGGCCCCACGCAGGGCCGCCCGCAGCUGCAGGGCGUCGUUCCGCGCACGUUCAUCCGCAAGCCCGAGAAGCCCAACUCGGCCAACCGCAAGUGCUGCCGGGAGCGGCUCAGCACGGGCCGCGAGGGCGUCUGCUUUAUUCCCGCAGAGGGCCACAGCCUGCAGGCGCACCACGUCGUCCUGGUGCAGGGCGGCCGCACCCAGGACCUGCGCGGCAAGUACAACUGUGGCCAUGUGCGGAAGAAGAAGUGA